AUGAGGCAGCCUAAAAUAAGUGAGAAGGCACUCGACCCCAAUGAACGCUGGCUCGCACUGCUGGAAGAGCAUUUGCCACCGCCGUUGCGCAGAGACUACAAUGGGGAGGAGACGGAGGAGAGUCCGGAUCAUUCCUCCGCCAAUUCGUCGUCUAUGGCCCAGGAAUCCUUCGCAGAAGCUGUCGACAUGACCAACACGCUAUAUCGAGCCCGAAAACAUCGACAUUUGGACCUGCUGACGUAUCUUGGCUUCCGGUUGAACAAUUGGGCUGCUGUGGAUUUCAUUUUAGGUCGUCUUCUUGACGCCUCCGAAGCCGCCAGUGACUUCUCGCGGCGCUCGCGGCCACCAACCGGUGUGCAUUGGGCGCUGGAUCCGAACUCAACGCUUGAUGAGCUUUCUAGUCGAGCUGUGGAUUCUGCGCCUCCUGCUGCGGCGGCCACAAACCGCGGCGCGUCAAAUGACCCGAAAUUGAUUCCGCUGAGGCACAGUACCGCCAGGCCCUUUGCUGCCGAAUUGAAUGAGCGAUUUCUGGCGCAGAUAUGGCAAUCGCUGGGUGCCCUUGUACUAGACGCCGCGGAUGCAUCCCCCAAUGAGGCCAAGUUGGCUAUGUCGGUUGUUCUUUGCACUCUUGCCCGUCUGCAUACUUCUGGCGCUAUAUCCGACCGGGUUUACGAUUGGACUCCACCCCUGCGAUUCCAGAGUUCAUUUCGGCCUCCAGGGAUGUCCUUGCUCAAGUCCUCGAUUAUGCAAGCUCUGACUGAUGCUGCGUGGAUGGAGUACGAGGCAGACAUGGCUGACAAGGCUGCUGCAGCAGGCCAAGAAUCACCCUUCAUUUCGGUUAGCCCGGUCAUCCGUGAACUAGGACCAUCAAUUUGGAUGGAGUUGAUUCUCUGGUGCUGUGUCGAGCAAGGCUUCACCGAAGAGGGGGUGUGGCUAAUAGAGCGAAUGAAGAGACAGUCGAGCGACAACCGCUGGACGGCCAAGAACUGGAACAAGAUACAUAUGCUUGACAAGUCCGCACGAGUCUGGAAGACUAAUAUCGAGAUGGAAAGCACAUGGCGUCGGCCACAUGACCCUGGAGUGCUUGACACGCGAAUUAUGGAAAAUUACACCAAGAACAGGGUUGACCUGACUCCCUUUGUUGGGAUGGGUGAGCGAACGAUUAGCGAGGAAGUCGUUUGUGCAUUGUUCCACAGUCUCCCAAACCUGGCAUAUCUAGGGACCGGUUUCCGAGGCAUGUCACCCAGUCGCAUGGUGUCCUGUGUUUUCACAUUAAAGUUCAUUUUCGCUUCGCAGAGGAUGACACGUUUGCUUGCGACAACCAGGACUUUUAAUACUUUCCUCAUGCGGGUGCUAUCCUCUGGAGGGAUCAACGCCCAAAAGGACCCUUUUUGUCUUAUUGACCUCCUCAAGGCCGCAUCGACUGUAGUGCCGCCUUGGGUUCCGCCCUAUACGCAAGACACGGAUAAAAAGCAACUCAAGCGCUAUCGUCAGUGGGAUUCUUACAAUCAAACUCUGGCGCCAGUUGGCCUGCUCGAAUACACCCUUAGGUAUUCUUCGUCCUUGCGACGGUCCGGGGAGGCCUUGAGGACAUUUGCCUGGCUGCAGGAAAUAGAAGACGAAAGCAGACAGCAGCGGAUAGGCAAAUCCUUCGACUCGGAAGCUAUAGGCGCUGAGGACUCGCUUGAUUCUUCUUUGUCACCCAUGCCGCAUCUGUCGAGUGUGACGCUGGCCGAACUGCUCGACUUGCUCACCGCAUCACGGGCUUACGAGUCGGCUGAGUGGCUAUUCUCUGCUACAGACGUCGAAAGGCCUGCCAUCUCAAAGGACGUGUACGGUAACCAGAACAUAGCGCCAUCGAUCCUUCGCUUCGCCGCCGCCACAAAGAACGAAGUCCUUGCUGAAUCUGUUAUUGGAUCUCUUCAGCAGCCUCUUUCAACUAACACCUUGCGUGCCCUUCUUAACUACCGCAUCGUGCAAGGCCACUGGGAUUCAGUGGUAUUCUUGCUCGAGUACCUUCGCGACCACCGCCUUAAGUCCUGGGGCCACAGCAACGUUGCCACCCUAGCAGCAGAGAUCAUCCGUCUGGAACACGCCCUUCAAGAGUUAGGAGAAGAUUGGGAACGCCUCGGUACAGAUCAUGAACGGAGGCACGCCAACCUCGUCAGUUCUCUGGGCACGGCGAAGGCAAUCCUCGGCCGCUUAUUUGCUGGAGAGUUCAGCGAACGCCGGAGCUCGGUCCUAUCGAACAGCGCUAUCCCCGUCCAGAGCCGGGACUUCCAACCACGUGUGCUCGCGAGUUUUCACCGCGUCUUCCUCAAUUUCGUAGACUCCCCUGCCCUUCGUGAUAUCGCCGCCUCCAGCACACAUCACCUAAAAUUCAAGGUCGCUUCGCGCACUUUGAUCCCCUACAUUCCCUCGACUGCGUUCCACCGGAUCCUCGAAGCCGUCGUUGACACGCAAGGCAGCGCCGCGGGCAUGAACCUUUACUUCAAGACUUGCUUGGACAUCCUCUCACCGGAAACGGUCAGGACGCGUGAGGGCGGCAUCCCGCGCAUGUACCUACACUCCGAACGCAUCCUCGAACGAGCCGACCCCCACUUCGACCCAGUAUACUUCUGGGGCAAGCAGGAAAAGUGUGUGAUCCCGAACUUGAAUACCAUUCGGGUCAUCCUACGGGCAGCGAUGAAAGAAUACAACGCCAAGAACAGAGUGCAAGAAGACAAAAGUCACAAUGACGACCACGGCACCGCUGAAUCCCGGGACAACCCGGUCUGGCCCGUUCUGAACUUCUGCAUCAGGCGGUACUUCCGCUUCGGCCUCAACUACAAGGAGGUUAACCGCGAAACCGGCGGGUAUCUGACCCUGCAACGGCGGGAUUAUUGGGGCGACACGGAGGCGGCGGUCGAGCUCUCCGUGCGCACCCUUCCGGACAAAACCGUCCUGGUCGGGCCCGAGUCGAUGGUCCGCAGGUCGAAUCCGAUCCGGAAAAAGUUUGUCAACUGA